GUGCACUUGCACUAAGGCCGCGGCUUCAACGGGUGACAUUUCUGUGGACGUUUUAAACUUGUUUUGAGGCGACAUAUCCACCGAACUGACUUUGAAUAAAGUCGGGUUAAGGCUAAAGCGCUUCCUACAUGUUUUGGGUAGAAGCUGUGCUGUAAUCGGUUUGUAAGGAGUUUAUAACCAUCAUCAUGAGUCAUUUUGGGGACAAUAGCGAUUCUGAAGUGGAUCGGAUCAUGAUGGACCGGCCGCCAAGCAGUUACGGCUCCAUGCAAAGUGACGAUCAUGAAGACGAAGAAGAUGAUGACUUUGAAAAACUUCCGCUCAAACAAGCAACAAGGGUCAGUCUUCAUCGCCCAGAUUCGCCAGAGACUGCGAUUACUGAAUGUACGAACACAAACCAGUCCAGCAUAUACAAAGAUGGACUGGUCCUGAGACAACCCAUCAUGCACAUAGGAGAAUCUCCUGCCCUACACGGCAUUAACAGAGAGCCCUCGAUCGUGGAGCCGUCUGAGCUGCAGAGCGACAUAUGGACAGAAGCAGCGAUGGAUGAAGAGCCGAAUGACAGAGACGCGGAGAUGAAUGAGAGAGACACGCAGGAGCAGCAGAAUGAAAACGCUACAAUGGAGGUGCAGGUGGAGCAGGCAGAGGCGACGGCAGAAGAGGAUGAUUUUGAUGAAAUUGUUGUACAUUAUGAAGAAAUGAAAGAUCCUCCUCCUCCUCCUCCGGAAGGCGUUGGUCUGCAGUUUCAACACACACACAGCUCCCUCACACUGCGCCAUGCGUUAAAGCAAAUGGUGGGGUGUCUUUCCCAGCUCCAUCCAGGAGAGAUCGCCUAUUUUAAGCGUUGUCUGAGCAUUCACUGCAGAUUCAAGAAGAACUACUCGACAAUUGCGGAUCUUAAUGACCCGCUGGAUGUGAUCGAUAAAAUGAUCGAGGUCUGCGGGCUGGGAGAAGCUCUGCAUCUCACCAUACGAUCCCUCGAAAACGUCAGAAAGGACAAUCUGGCCAAUUUCCUAAGGAAGACCUGUAGAAGAGCUGUGUUACUGCAUGACCUGAAAAUAGCCUACGACAGGCGCUAUUACACUCUGUACGAAGGCCGAUGUCGUCCAGGUCAGCAGCGCUACAUCAGCGACGUCUAUGUCGAACCCGUAACAGUCAUCAAAGGCAGCAGGGAGCCCAUCAACCUCGAGAAUGAGGUCUACCGGAUACCAUAUACGAUCGAGGAGACCCAAAUCAAGGCCGCCGACAUCUUUCGGCCCUUUCCUCACGAACAGAAACCAAUCCGUACGGUCAUGAUGACGGGAAUUCCCUCCUGCGGUCUAACGGUAGCUGUGAACAAGUUCAUCGUUGAUUGGAUGGAGGAAAAAAACAAUCAGGAUUUUCAAUUUGUGUUCCCUUUGCCGUUGAAGGAGUUGCACUUUAGGAAAGCUGGAAAUCCGAGCUUCCUAGACAUGCUAGGCAAAUGUUUCGCAGAAGCUAACGACAUUAAAUUCAUAGAGAAGCCAGAUUGCUUGAGUCUCUUCAUUAUGGAGGCUGUAGAAGUUUGCAAACACAACCUGGACUUCAAAAACAACGAAGUUAUCUCAAGCGCCAGGACGAAAGCGCCAUUAGACGCCCUUCUCACCAGCUUAAUAAAAGGCACGUUGCUUCCGAACGCCCGAGUUUGGAUCACCAGCCACGUCACUGCCGCCCACCGAAUUCCUCCGCAGCUAAUCGACAGGCAUGUAGAGUUAAGAGGAUUCACAGAUGAAAAGAAGGAAGAGUACUUCACCAAGAGAACCACCGACCCUGAGAUCGGGAGGAAGGUUUAUAACCACAUGAAACGCUCCAAAGCCCUUGAGAUCAUCUGCCACAUUCCUCUCUUCAGCUGGAUGGUGACGUUCAUCUUCGAACGAGGGUUUCGAGAUUCCGAAUACGGCAAACACCCACCUGGCAUCACAGCGUUUUAUUCGCAGUUCAUCAUCGUGCAGAUGAACCGCUCGUUUGAGAAGUACCGUGGCUGCAGCGUUGAGGCGCAGAAGUGGCAGGAUGAAGAUAAGUCGUUUAUUGAUAUGAUGGGGAAAAUGUCAUAUCGGAUGAUUCUAGAUGGACGGGACUGGUUUACGGUGGAAGAUUUGACCUCCGUUAACCUGACGUAUGAAGAUUUGCGCACUCGGGAUGAAUUAACCACUGAGGUCAAACGAAGAAACGAAGACUUUCAUACGUGGGUCUUCAAGUUUGUUCACAUUACGGUUCAGGAAUACAUGGCCGCUAUGUAUGUGUAUGUGGCGUUUAGGAAACACGGCAAAAAUGUGAUCGAACCAAGCAAAAUGUCUUGGUUUCAGGGUGCAAACAAGGAACGGCCUAUGAUUGAACUGUUCCGUCCUGCCAUAGACCGUGCGUUGGCAUCUACAAAUGGUCAUCUGGACAUGUUCCUGCGGUUCCUGAUCGGAUUGGUGACUCCAGGAACUGAGAAUCACCUGCGCGGAUACCAGCUCUGUCACUACCACCCCAAAGCCAAAGGCACAGAGGAUGUGGUCAAAUACAUCAACAAAAAAAUGAGAGAAAACAUUCAUCCAGACAGGAGAAGAAAUCUGGAGUUGUGUCUGGUGGAGCUGGAGGAAGGCAAAGAGGGAAGAUGAGGAGAAACAAAGCAAGGCAGUGUUUAAUCUGUUAGGCGGGACUGUGAAACACUAAACUAAAUGCAGCGUCCCGCAGGAGCGACUGUUGAAGUUAAAGGGAUGGUUCACGCUGUCAUGAUUUACACUAGGGUUGUCACGAUACCGUAAAUACACUGUGUGUGUGUGUGUGUGUGUGUGUGUGUGUGUGUGUGUGUG